AUGGCUGGGCAGAACUCCAACAUCCCUGAAACAAGCUGCUCUUCUGCUCUUGUUCCUAUACUUGAACAACCCAUAGCCACCAUUGGUGAUGAAAAACUGGCUAUUCCAGUUGAGGCACCGAUCGUGUUGUCUUACAAUGAUCGAAUACGCCCACUGCUUGAUGCAAUUGACAAGCUCCGCCACCUUAACGUCAUGCAGGAAGGUAUACAGCUCCCAACAAUUGUGGUGGUUGGUGACCAAUCGUCUGGGAAGUCUAGUGUUCUUGAAUCACUUGCUGGCAUCAGCCUUCCACGAGGCCAAGGCAUUUGCACUAGGGUGCCACUCAUAAUGAGACUUCAGCAUCACUCAGUUCCUCUCCCGGAGCUUCACUUGGAGUUUCUGGGCAAAACUGUCCAGACCGAUGAAAUCCAUAUUUGUGAUGCCAUAAAUCAAGCAACUGAUGAGAUAGCUGGCUCUGUUGUGAAGAAAAAUGGCGCACCAGAUCUUACAAUGGUUGAUUUGCCUGGAAUCACUAGGGUGCCUGUUCAUGGGCAGCCUGAUGAUAUAUAUGAGCAGAUAUCAGCCAUAAUCAGAGAGUACAUAAAACCAGAGGAGAGCAUUAUCUUGAAUGUUUUGUCUGCAACUGUUGAUUUUCCGACUUGUGAAUCCAUUAGGAUGUCACAGCGUGUGGACAAGACCGGCGAGAGAACUCUGGCUGUUGUUACCAAAGUCGACAUAGCUCCCGAAGGUCUGCUAGAUAAAGUAAUGGCAGAUGAUGUGAAUAUCGGGCUUGGCUAUGUGUGCGUUAGGAAUCGCAUAGGCGAGGAAUCAUAUGAUGAAGCUCGAAAGGAAGAAGCUAAUUUAUUCGAAACCCACCCGCUUCUCUCAAAGAUUGAUAAAUCUAUGGUGGGUAUUCCAGUUCUGGCCCAAAAGUUGGCGCAAAUUCAAGCUGAGAUAAUUGCAAAAUGCUUGCCAGAAAUUGUUAGAAAGAUCAAUGACAAGCUGCGUGCAAACAUUUCAGAACUCAACAGAAUGCCCCAGAAUCUGACUUCUGUUCCAGAAGCAAUGUUUGCUUUGGUGCAGAUUAUUGGUUCCUCCAUGGAAUCUCUUAGGAAUGUUCUCUUGAGAGGUGAGUUCGAGGAAUACCCAGAUGACAAACAGAUGCAUUGCACUGCUCGUCUUGUAGAAAUGCUCAACCAGUGCGCUCAGGAACUACAAGAGAGUUCAGAAGACAACUGCAAGGACAAUUUUCUAAUGCAGGAGAUACGAGUUCUUGAGGAAACCAAAGUCAUUGAGCUACCAAAUUUCCUUCCUCGCACGGCUUUUCUCAUGAUCCUGCAGAAAAAAGUAAAUAAGGUACAAGGAGUACCGGUUGAGUUUGUCUCUAAAGUAUGGGAGUACAUUGAGACAGUGGUGGUUGCUGUUUUAAAGCGUCACUCUAAACAUUAUCCACAGCUAGAGUCAUCUACAAUAAGAGCAGCCCAGAACCUUAUUGCCAAGAGGAAGGAUAUGUCAGCUGAUCGAGUGGUGGAGAUAAUUGAGAUGGAGAAGACCACAGGUUAUUCUUGCGAUCCUGAAUAUCUGACAUUAUGGGGUAAGCUCAUGGAUGGUAAAGACCAGUUCCUUUAUGUUAUGAAUAAUUAUUCGAGGUCCACACGGAUCAUCAUUGAUGGUUUUGGGGAAGUUGAAGUUGGGCAUUUAAAGUCCUUCCCUAUUAUUAGAGACCUAGCAUUUGACAUAAAAAUGAGAAUUACAGCAUACUGGAACAUUGUUCUGAAAAGACUCGUUGAUUUCAUGGCUCUGAACCUGCAGUUCAGUAUCAAGAAUCUGGUGAACAAGGACAUGGAGAUGGAGGUAGUGAAUGAACUCAUGGGUCCUCAUGGUGGUGGACUUGAAAGGUUGCUAGAAGAAUCGCCGUUGGUGACCAUAAAGCGUGAGAGAUUGAACAAAAGUAUCAAGUUGCUGAAGGACUCUAAGGAAGUUGUUGCUAAGGUUUGCUUUGUCCGAAUGGCUGAAAUCCCAUAUCAUUGUGAUGGGAAACUCUUCUGUGGCAUUAAUGUUAUGUUUGUGUUUGGUAGUGUGUUGCUAAGCUAUAAAGAAUUCCAAUGUAAUGGAAAGUAUUAUGCGUUAGUGGAUGAUAUUGACUUGUCUCUUUCAGCCACUGGAUUUGUAAUUACACUUUGA